CCCGUCUAUGUUUACCCAGGAAACCGAUUGAUAUUCAAUUUUUAAAGAUGACGGACUUGUCGGAGUCACCCUUUGAGAGGUCUGAGAGGGAGUUUUAUGACCCUACAAUACUGUUUCAAGGCCUUCAGGUUGGCAGAACUGAUACUCCAGAGACAAUGCUUACAGAAUAUCCAAUGCGCCCAGCGCCUGAUAUUUCAAUUCUUUGUGACAAAUGCAAAGUGCACAUUCCAUUGACCAUGCUAAAAGAACACAGAAAGUUUCACGUUUCGCUUACACUUCUUCGCUAUGUAAAUGAUGAGCCUAAAAAUGCCACCAUGUUGCUGAAAAGAAGAAAUUUUGUUCUACGAAAGUUGAAGUCAGCUGCUACAAAAGAUAAACCUGUGAAUCCGCAACAGAUUGAAGAAAUCAACAACGCGUACGAGUACCUCAAGUCAAUUCUGGAAGGGAAUUUUGAAGAGUUGAAGCAAGUCAGGGAAGACGUGAAUGCAGGUGUUGGUGGGGUGGCGUUAAACUGUAGUCCAGACUGCGUACAUGCUGUAGGAAUAGCAGCCAGUGCUAAUGAGAGAUGGAAGUCCUACAUGGAGGACACAAGAACGUUUCAAGACUGUUUUGGUGAAGACAGACACAAGUGUUUCUUUGGGGUUUACGACGGCUACCACGGUCGAUUUGCUGCAGAAGUGGCAGCUAGCGAAUUGCAUAAGCUGCUCUUGAGCGAAAUGAUCAAGUUUGAUCCCAGAACGAAAUCUGUCAUUGGAAGCAAUGUAAUGGGAAAUGGGGAUAUAUCGCAUUAUAAGUUUGAACGUCCGGACACGGCACAGAGUGAAAGAGCGGUGCUGUAUGACGAAAGCGUGAGUAUUAUACAAAACAUUAUCAAUAUCUGUGAAUCAAAAUACAAUGAACUCAUUAAGAGGAUGGAUUCUGAGCCAGAAAACAAGGACAAGAACGAAGAUGGCGCAGAAGAAACUAAGAAAAGCAGGAAACCUAAAUCCCAAUUCGAGCUUCAAAUGGAGGGUGCCUUUUCUAGAGCGUAUUAUUACUUGGAUAUUCUUCUGUCAUAUGGGAAGGAUGAGAACUCUAAGAUCCGAUGGAGUGGCUGUUCUGCAACAACAUGCGUGAUUCAGGACUUAACAGGUGAAGAAAUGGAGGAAGAGAAACACUCUGAUAAUGAGAGUGUUGCCAGUGGCAUGUCCGGCAGACUGGAUCCUCCCAAAACUGUGGGCAGAGUGCACAUUGCAAAUGCUGGCAACGUGCACGCUGUUCUUGUAAGGGGUAAUCGUGCCUAUGGCUUGACCAAGGACCACACUCCAUUGAACAAGAAGGAAAAAAACCGCAUCAUUAAGGAUGGCGGCAACUUCACAGAGAGUGAGAAGGAAUGUUUCGUGAACGGCGUUCUAUUGACUACGAGGGGCCUUGGUAACCAUGGUGAUAAGCGGCUAAAGAAGUGCGUCAUCGUAGAACCAUACACUACAAGCGCGCCCAUCGACCAGUAUGCGCAGUUCCUGAUUCUGGCUUCAAGGGGAGUGUGGGAGGUGUUCACCGAGAAAGAGGCAGCUUCCUUGCUGAUUAAGCUGCUCCCUACCAAUCAGAUACCUGCGCCAAUGAGAAUGAACUCAAUAGUGCGUUCGCUCUUUGACCUCAUGAACCGCCCACCGUCAGAGUCUGGUUCCCGUAGAGUGUCCUUUCCAAGCCAGGAAACACCUCCUGGGCGAAAGAAAAGCAGCGACAUCUUCCAGGGAAGGCAAAGAAGCGCCACAUUAGAGUCUGUGGCCGAGAGCCAACAAGAAGAGGGCAGUGUCAAAUCUGGGCAAGGUCAAGGUUCUGAUAAAGGUCAAAAUUCAGAGUCUAGCACAGGAGCUCAUGGCAAAUCAAAGAGCUCAGCUGAGAGCAAGUCAAAAGAAAAUUCUGACACUGCUGGAAGCAGCAGUCAGGGAACAAAAGGAAAAGAAGAUUCUCAAGGAGAAACCAGAGCUGAGAACCAGAGGUCAAAGGUCAGUACUCCGGAUGAGAAAAGGUCAAAAGGUCAUGACUCAGAAGGUCAAAAUUCUGGAACAACUACAAGCAAGCAGAACUUGAGCGAAAAAAGUGUGAAACGAUCUAGAAAACACGUGGAUGCAGACAUGCAGACAGAGGUAGGCAGUAAUAAUGGAGAUUCCGAUUCUGGAAAUGAAGCCGACAUCGAGUCUUAUUUGGAAAAUGUUUCGUUCACGGGAAGUCUGUCACGAAUUUCUAUGAUUGAUGGACCACCGUCACGCGAGCAGAUACAGCGAAACCAUGCGCAGUACAUGGCUCAACACCUGGUGCAAGCCGCCUUGUUGGCCGGGGCCAAGGAUAAUGUCACUGCCAUGGUGAUCCUAUUACCAGGAUGUGGGCUAUAAAUAGAAAUGAUGUCAUUGGGUUUUAAAAUAGAAUAAACCAAGUCAAGGUGAUCUUAUUACUAAGAUGUGGGCUAUAGAUAGUAAUUAUGUCAUUGGUUUUUGUUUCAAAUAGAUUUACCAUGUCAAGAUUAUAGUUUUGACAGGAUGCAGGCUAUUAGUAGAAAUUUCGUUAUUGGUUCUACAAAUAUAUAAUAUACCUGGGCAACAGUGAUCCGGUUCCCAAAAUAGUGGUUAUAAAUAGAAUGAUGUAAUUUGUUCUUUAAAUAGAAUAGCACCAUGCAAAUUUGCUGCCCAACUUUUCCAAGAACAUGCCAUUGCCAUGGUUAUUGUGUUUGAGGGACAUGGGUUAUAAUAAGUCAUUAAUCUUACCAUUAUUAAAUGGCACUGCCUUUGUGAAAAUGUAUGCUCUACACCGUGAUUUAAAAGAAAUAUAUAUUGGUUAGAAACUAUUUAUUUAUUGUUAUUUAAUAUACGAAUGCAAAUAUAGAAUCAAUUUUAUUUACACUUUUUUUCAAGUAUUUUCUUUCAUCAGGGUAUAUUGUUAGUAUUGUUUACUUAUAAUCUUGAAUGAAUAAUGUUAUUUCUUAUCAAAGGACAUGCUAAGUAAGCAGGUUUGUGUUGUUGUUUUUUGUAAUUGUGUAAUAACUAUAGUUAAAUGCUUUAUAAAAUCAUUUUAACUGUCUUUCACCACAUUUUUAUAUAGUUUGCAUGUUGAUGCUUUUUUUUCUGAAGUGUAUAGUCAUAGUGUCUGGGAACCAAUAAAGCCCAUAAUCUUAGUUCAGAAAGCAUCAAAUUGAACAAAAGUUGCAGAAAUUACUUAUAAGGAUAUCUUAGCAACAAAAAUAAUCAUGGAAGUCUGUCAAAUAAUAAUGAUCUGUUUAUCAUUAAUUACCAUGUUUCUUUGCAAACCCUCUAGAGCAUUUCAAGUACUUUAGCUAGCUGUGUACCAAGAGUACAGUUUAUGAACCUGGCUGUGGAAAAACUGGGCUUAAAUCAUGUGCAUAAAGUGUCGUCCCAGAUAAGUCAGCGCAGUCCGCACAGGCUAAUCAGUUCCCAGUUUCCUCUUCAACUGGAUUUUUGCUUUUAGGGAAUUUUUUGUUCGAAAGAUGUCUAUCAAACAAAAAUCCAGUCUUUAUAGACAUUUUCGUUGCUAAAUAGCCUGUGUGGACUGCUAUGCCUAAUCCAAGACGAUACUUUACUCACAUGAAGGCUAAUAUAAAUAUAGUAGGCAGGUGGGGAGUAUAGUAUAUGCUGUACACAGAGGGGCCUGAUGUUUAUCAUGCUCAAAGUCUGAAAAAGGACAUAACUUUCUGAGAAGGGACAUAACUCUCUGAGAAGGAACAUAACUCUCUGAGAAGGGACAUAACUCUCUGAGAAGUAAAUGUUCACUAUAUGCCUAAUUAUGCCUAUGAUAUGCAUUUUUAGCUCGGCGAAAACCCGAGGUAUUGUCAUAGCCAGCUCGUCUUCCCCCGUCUGACGUCCGCCAUCCGCGUGGUGCUAAAACCUUAACAGUUGGUCUAAAAUCAAAGUGCUUCCACCUACAACUUUGAAACUUCAUAUGUAGAUGCACCUUAAUGAGUUCUACACGCCACACCCAUUUUGAGGUCACUAGGUCAAAGUCACUGUGACCUCUAAAAAAAAAAGAUUCUGACAAGCUUUCAUUUAUUUAAAACUGCACCCGUAGCUGAGCAUGGCACCCGUUAUGCUGUGCUCUUGUAACCAGCCAAAAAAUCAUGAAGAAAGUGUUGAUGUUAUACGAAAAUCAAGCACUUAUCUAUAUUGAUUUUUCAUGCAUUUUAAUAAGGGCCAAAUGAUUACAAGCUAGAACUGAAUUUUUGGAAAACCUAUGCUACUAUUUUUAGCGUCACGGACAGAGUAAAAUAUACAAUAUAGCUCAGCAGAAUAUUUUACGUUCAAACAUCAUGACACAUUAAAGUUUUGAAGAGAUGAGUGUUUGGAAAUACAUUUUGGCAUAUCAUGUGUGCUUUAAUAAUGAAGAAUGUAUCUCCUACCGCACCUAGCUCUUUCAAACACAAACAUAAUUAUAUGUAUUUCAUUUGGACAAAAUAUUUUUCAGUGACGUAAAUGUCGUUUCUUUGAUUAGAACUUAAGACAACUUAGCAGGCAUUGAAUUCUUUUUGGUGGAUAGGAGCUUUUGUUAAUAAUAUGGAAUACAACUGGAUUUAACAGGGUGUUAAAACGCUUAAACAGGGUUACUAACUGAUAUGCUGUAUUGUGUAUUCUAUGUUAAAGAACUGCUUAAAUGAUAUAUUUUUCAGUUUUUAGCUGUUUUUAGCUUAACUUUGUUUGAUUGUUACAGCACUUACAUGAUUUUGUUUUAAAACUGUUGAAUAAAGUAUCUGACCAGUAUAGGUCUCUGAAUCACAUAUUAAUUCAUUAUUUAUCUGCAUUUGUUUUCUUUUGGUCAGUAUGGUUUUUACCAUUGUUUGCGCUUUUGUUUGUAUUGAAUAAAUAAUAUUUUGUUGGCAUGUUAUUUUGUUGAUAUGUUGAUGAUGUACAAAUAGGUAACUGCAUUUAUUUUUAGCUCAACAUUUGUUUAAUUGUAUUAUUGGCUAAAUUGUGAAGUUAUUGCAGACUGCAAUUUCCUAUACCAUAUUUUUUAUUAUUAUUCAGUUGGUAUUCAGGACACAUCAAAGGUUAAGAUAACAACAUUUUUAUCCAUAAAUAAUGAAAGUGUAAGUGAGUCAACAUAUCCAUGGAUUUAUAAAUGCGCCACGUUCUGAGAAAACUGGGCUUAAUGCAUGUUCUUAAAGUGUUGUCUCAAAUUAGCCUGUGCAGUCCACACAGGCUAAUCAGGGAUGACGCUUUCCGCUUUAAUGGUAUUUUUAAUUUCAAGUAAGUCCCUUCUUACCGAAAAUCAAGUUUAGGCGGAAAGUGUCGUCCCUAAUUUACCUGUGCGGACUGCACAGGCCAAUCUGGGACGACACUUUACGCACAUGCCUUAUGCCCAGUUUUCUCAGAACAAGGCUCAAAUAAAUACACUACUAAAAAAAUUAAGAAAUAAAAAAGGGAGAAAGGUUGGUUUAUUUAUUUGUUGUCAAAAAGUAGUUAUUGAAAAUGCUUUUUUAGAUAAAUUUAAACAAACACAUUAUUGAAGAACCUCAUCCCAGCUGUUUUUAUUCUUGAUAGAUGAUGAGUAUAUAUAUAUAUUGUGUGGCGUGAUGGUUUAUUGCUUUGAUUUAUAAUAACCAGUCUGUGUUGUUUUGUUCUGGUGCUUUCGGAUUUGUUUCUUGUUAUUGCUUUUUUUAUAUUCUUCAUAUACAGAACAUUUUAAUACUAGCUGCAGUGAACUGUUUUAUGCAUGUAUGCAUUCAUACAUAAUUAUUAUUAAUAAAAUAAUGAUGUAC